CGAGAGAUCGUUCAUCGAUUCGAUACAUUUUUGAAUACGUUUGUAUUUUGUAAAUUAGAAUUUCAAUAAAUUAAGAAUUAUAUAAAAAUUGAAAAUUAUCUAAUAUUUAUAUGUAAAAAAUUCUUUAAUAUAUUUCAUUAAAUAAUAAUAUACAUGUGAACAAAUGGAAAGUAAAGAAUGGUAGAAGUGUAAUAUGUUUGGUUACAUAGCCUAUACCUUGUUUGUAGUAAAUUCGUAUGCUUCGAGUGGCGAAACCGUCUGAUUGUGUUUUAUAAUAUUGACUUUUAUUGACAAUAAUGAGUUCAGAAAUAAUCCUAGGAUUACGGUUGGACUUUCAAUCUUUAACUACAAUUAAAUUAAACAAUGUUAAUUUUAAAAAUAAAGUCAAAGACUUGAAAUCUGAAACAGCUAGAAGAGUUAACCUAACAAAGGAAUCAUUUGAAUUAAUUUAUUGUGGUUGCAUUCUUGAGGAUGAGGUCACAUUAGAAUCAUGUGGAUUAAAAAAUGGUGCAAUGGUACACGUAUUGAAAAAAAAGGAACCAGAAACACCCACAGCACCUAAACAUAUCUCAGAAGAAAGUAUUUUACAACUUGCAUCUGCAUUUAAAUCAUUUAAAGAGAAUCCUGCACUGAGAAGUGCAUUAUAUCGAAUAGGUAAAAAAUCAGAAGUAAUAACUAAUAUUAUUUCAUCCUCUCCCGGAUUACAUGAAGAUGCUGUGGCAAUUGCUAUUUUCCAAAAUCCUGACUUAAUGGCACAUUUCACAGAUGUGGAUACAGUCAGAAGGUUUGCAGAGGCACAUCCAGUUUUAGUAGAAGCAGCACAAAAUAUAGCUGCAGCUGUUCAUGAAGAAGCUCAUAACAAUGCAAGUGCUGCAUCUAACAAUUCUGUAUCUAACACACAACCUUCUGCUUAUUCCUAUAACUUGGAUAAUUUGAGUGAUGAUGAAGAAAUGGCGGGAGAUUCUUCUCAAUCUUCAGACUCUACACAGCCAUCAAAUCCAUUCACCAAUCCAUCAAAUACUACGAUUACUGCUGCACAGCUUGCAGCAGCAGUUUCUAGAGCAAGGGCUAGAAGUUUUCCUCUUUCCAAUUCACCUUCUUCCACCUCAGGCGGCAGCACAAAUUCUGGUGUGAUAACUACAGAAAUGUUCAAUCAAGCUAUGCAACAGGCUUCUGUAGCAACCACGGGUUUAAUCAGUGACCCUAUAUUGCCACCAAUUUUACCACCAAUUUUACCACCUGUAUUACCUCAGUUUACAGACUUGCAGAGACAAUUAGCACAGAUGCAUGAAAUAGGACUUCAAGAUGAUACAAUAAAUAUUCAAGCAUUACAAUUUACGAAUGGUGAUGUUCAGGCAGCUAUUGAAUUAGUGUUCAGUGGUUUUAGUAAUAAUUAGGUUUAUUAAAUUAACACUUCCAUAUUAUAAAACGAUUGUAACUGUACAGCUGAAUGAUUUAUUUUUACAAGUGAAUAUAAGCCAGCCGUGUAAUCAUUUCUUUAAUCCUAUUAUUCACUUUGGGUGAUAUUCUUAGUUAAUUGAUUGUUCAUACGUGAGAAAUGAACAAAUUAUUUCCUGGUAGAUGAUGAAAAAACGUUAUAAAUACGUUUCUUAUAAUAUCAAUCCUAAGCAAAUUUAUUUGCAUAUUUAGCCAUUUUUUUCUGAUACAUUUUUGCUAAUGUCGUCAUUAGACUAAAAACGAUUCUUCAACAUCAACCUUAACGACGUAAGCAAUAAUAAAUAAUUCUUUAGAAAUAUUCUAUAGCAAUGAAAUAAUAAAUUUUUAAUACUUUGUAGUAAAGAAACUCGAAAAGCUCUUGCUUCAUUUAUGCUCGAAUUAAUUUUCAAUAUUAUUUUCAUCUCCUGCGAUCUCAAAUAUUACAU